AUGGCCCUUUACAGGGCCACAAAUCGUUUGUUAACUUUCAACGAUCUUAAAACCUCGGAAACAUCUACCAAUCAGAUGACGAAGACAAAUCAGGAGGUACCAGAAGAGUAUCGAGCUGCUCAUCAGAAACUCCCGUUCCAGAGGUUGGUGAGGGAGAUCGCCCAGGACUUCAAGACCGACCUGAGGUUCCAGAGCUCGGCCGUCCUGGCCCUCCAGGAGGCCAGCGAAGCCUAUCUCGUAGGUCUCUUCGAGGAUACCAACUUGUGCGCCCUCCAGGCCAAGAGGAUUUUCCAUCAGAAAGGGAUUAGUGCACAUUUGGUGGCCCUGAAAAGGGCCGUUGAAAGUACGGCAGGGUGCGGACAGCCCUUAGGCUCGUUCUCCGCGGAUACGGCGAGCCAGCUGGAUAUCCUUAGGCAUGAUGGUCACCCUCUUGGCGUGGAUGGCGCACAAGUUGGUAUCCUCGAAGAGACCUACGAGAUAGGCUUCGCUGGCCUCCUGGAGGGCCAGGACGGCCGAGCUCUAGAACCUCAGGUCGGUCUUGAAGUCCUGGGCGAUCUCCCUCACCAACCUCUGGAACGGGAGUUUCCUGAUGACCAGCUCGGUAUUCUUCUGGUACCUCCUGAUUUGUCUGAGAGCGACUGUACCGGGCCUAUACCUGGGUACGGUGACCCAUUCAAUAAAAAGACUAAGCAGGAAAGACGGUGCGUAUGGGGCCUUCGGGAUCUUGAGGUACGCAUCCCCUGCGUGGAGCAGAAACCUCACACUGCAGUAGAAGAGGAGACAGGCUACCAUCCAGCGAUUGGCUCUACUGAUUCACAUGAGGCAGCACAGGUAAAAUAUGGGAAGAGGAAAGGAAAUAAAGUCCUCUGCCUAACUACAACCGAUCAAGUUGCUCAGGUCAAGUGCACGGCUAGCAAGAAAGAGGAAAACAAAAUUAUAAGACCUGCAAAAAGAACCAUUGCAGACCAUUAA